AUGGAGGCGGCGGGCCCUCAGACCGGUUUCUCGGCACAGAGGGGGCGGGGGGCGGAGCCCGCGGAGGCCCCGCCUUCCGCUCCCCUCCCCGCCGCCGGGGGGCGCGCGCGUUGCCCCGCCGCCAUCGCCCGCGAGGGGCCGGCUGGGGGGGGGGAGGGGGGCGAGCGGGCGCUCCCGCGCCUGCGCGGGGCCGGCGGUUGCGUCACUUCCGGGCCGGGUCGGGUCGGGCCGGGUCGGGUCCGGGCGGGGCCUCCUCGGCUGGGAGCGUCGGGCGCCGCGGGGCUGAGCUCCUCCUCAUCCUCCCGGACUCCGCCCGGACAGCCGAGGCCAGAGGACCGGAAAGAGCCCCGCUCUUUGAGCGCCUGGGAGAGUAUCGCGGAGCGGACCCGAUCCCCCCCCGCCCUCAAGGAGCCGGCCGCCUGCCGGGCGCGGACCACCGUUCCCGGCACUUGGGAGACUACGGCGGAGCGGACCCGAUCCCCCUGCACCUCGAGGAGCCGACCGGCCGGCGACCCGGCCAGACGAGAGCAGGCGAGGCCCCGAGCGGAGGAGGCCGGCCCGGACAGCCCCGCGAUGACCAGCUCCCCCGUGUCCAGAGUCGUCUACAACGGCAAGAGGAACAGCAGCCCCCGCUCGCCAACCAACAGCAGCGAGAUCUUCACUCCGGCCCACGAGGAGAAUGUACGCUUCAUCUACGAAGCAUGGCAGUGCGUGGAGCGAGAUUUGCGGAACCAGACGGCCGGCAGCGAGCGGGGCCUGGUGGAGGAGUACGUCGAGAAGGUGCCCAACCCCGGCCUGAAGACUUUCAAGCCCGUCGACCUGAGCGACCUGAAGCGCAGGAGCAUACAAGAUGCCAAAAAGUCCUAAGGGCGGGGGCGUCCGGGACGGGGGUGCCCGGCCGCGCCCCUUCCCCGCCGCCCCCUCCCCGCCCCGCCCCCCGCCGACGUCCUCCGCCCGCUCGGGAGCCUCGGAUCUUACGUCGGCUCCCCUCCCUCUCCUCCGGGCGGGGCGGCGGGCGAGGGGUCCGCGCCCGGCCCGGGCCCCGAAAGGACAGACUGGAUUUGGUGGCGGUGGUUUCCCUGACCCCCCGGCCUCGCCCGCUCCCACCGCCGACCCAGGGAUGCCCUCUCCUCUCCCCGGCCCCUUGGCCACCCGACGGGUCCCCGGAGGGGCCCGGCCCUGCCCGCCCUCCCCCGGCCGGGUGGUCCCCAAGGGGCCCGGGCUACCCCUCCUCCCCGUCCCCCCCGGCCGUCGGGUAGAUGUUAAGAGCCCGGCUGCCCGUCGGCCGCGGCUCGUUCUGGACUUCCGGCCUCCCGGCCCCGUCCCGCUUCCCGUUCCGGCGUCUCUCCUCCGGCUGGGAUUCCGGGGCCCCCUCCCCCCGACCCCGGCGGGAACCCCUCCCUCCCUGUGGGGCCGGGACUCCGGAGCCAAGGGGCCGGCCGGCGUCGGGAGAUGUGCCGUGGCUCCCGGGGUCCCCCCCGUCCCCCAGGAGCCCGUGGGGCCGGGGCACCGGCGGGCUCCCCGAACCGGGAGAGGGCGGGGGUGGGGGGAACCCACCGCUCCUUCGCCAGAUUCCCGCCCGACGGCCGACAGGCAGAGGGGGUACACCUCUCACGGAAGGUUGGGCAGCGUAAGGGACCCGCCGGUCUGCGGGGGGGGGGG